UAUGAUCUGUGGUUCGAUAAGCUCCACCAGCUGGAGUAAUCUGGAAAUUCCGGAUGUAGCGCCAUGCUCCAACCGUAAGGAUCCUUCCCUUACUUUCAAUUAAGGAACGCUUACAGUCUCAUCAGCCAAGACGAAUUCCAUUGUCUCUACGGAUUGAAUGUAUUGUUUCCAAGCGUGUAGCACCUUUACAUGAACCAACCAAGUGUUUUUCCACGGUUUCAAGUCGCCGAAGAGGACAGAUUUUUCAUUAGGACCUUUCGAUGCUUGGAUUUGCAUUGAAGGUGAAAUUUUUUUAGUAGCCAUAGAUUUAUUUUUUGGUUUGUUGGAAGGUUGCGCUUUGAACAGGAAACUGGUGAAGGGUUCUUAUAGUAUUGAUCGGAAUUUAAGCUAGGUGUUAGGUUUGAUUGUAAACUUGGGGAGAAAGUUGAGGGAUGUCGAUUUGGAAAAUCAAAUCUUCAUAUAUUUAGAGAGAUUUUCGGUUAUAUUUUAUGAGUGUUCUUCAAGAUUGGGAAUAUUCUCUUUAUUUGAUUUGAUUUUGAAAAUCUUAUAGUGCUAAAUGGGUUGUAAAUUCGAAAAUAUUCCUUAAAUUUUCGAAAACUAUAUUAUAGAAGUGGUGGGCUUAAAUUUCUGAUAGUAUAGAAUAGGUGGGCUAGUCAUUUUCGUAAAAGGCUUUUAAAUAAUUCAAAAGUUUUUGGGCUGGAAUGUUUUGUAAUUAAAAGGAAAAUUCAGGGGUAUAAUCCUAAAGAGGAUUCUGUUUUAAUAGUAUAGAUACUGUAUAAAGGUUUUCACACACAUCAAAAAAUAAUAAAUAUAUCCUUUUAGCUAUUAGUUUUUGGUUUUAUCAAUAAAUUUUCUCCACUCAAAAUUUUGCUUUAAAAUUUAUAUAUAAGUUUUAAAAACAAAUGCAUUAAUUAUAUCCUAAAAAUUAAUCUUUUGUAUACAAAAUCUAUUCGAUUUAAAUUGAAGUAGAAAAUAAUACUUUCUUAUUUGUAAGUGGUUUUUAUAGAUUUUCAUUCUUUUUUAACUAAUUUGAACCAUUUCAUUUAUUGUCUUUUUUACUUUAUUUAUUACAAAAUAUAAAACAUAACUUACUUAUUUUUAUAUGUUUAAUUACAUUUUUUAUAUUUUUUCCUCUUUCAAAAUAUUUCAUUAAUUGUAUUUACUAUAACAAUUCAGCUUUAUUUAUUUAACGUGUUAACCAUAAUAAUUUUACAUAUUUGAAUAAAAUUAUUCUAUUAGUAAAGAAUUCAAAUAGGUUAACAAAUUUUCUUUAUUUGUUUUCAUUAUAUCUUGUGCGUUUUUAUAGGAAUAUUUGGGUAGUAGUAGCUGGCGUUAUCGAAGUACGUACUUUAUCUUUGACUCAGUAAAGUUAUAAUUAAAUGUGCAGUGUUUUUUCUCUUUUUCUUGUUGUAUAAAACUAUAAUUUUUGCAAAAGAUGGUGAUUGGUGAGAUCAGUGUGGUUUUCAAAAAUUACCCUUGAAUACUGUCUCGUAUUUGUUUGUUUACACAUAUGCACUUCUUCUAUUUUAGAAAGAUAGAUUUUACAAAGUAUUCACGCAUUUUAAAAAUAUAAUAAAUAUUUACAAUUAAAUUUAUUAUUUAUAUCACUAUAUAUUUUUUAAUAACUAUCAACUAAUAUUAUUUAAUCAAUUCAAAUAUUUUUAAUUAAUGUUUUUUAAAAAUAUAUAAUUUAUCAAUAUUAACUAUUAAAAAUAUCUGAAAAGUUUAAAAAAUUUAUUUUUUUAGAACAAAAAAUAACUCUACAAAAUUCUAUAUUUCUUUCUAUGCACGUAUAUUUACUCCCGAAUAUCCCCCCUCCCCCCUGAAAUUCACGUUUUAUUGUUUUGUUAAUAAAGUGUUGCUCGAACGUUCGACAUCUUUUUAAAAAAAUCGACACCGAAAGGAAUAAUUGGUUGACUAACAUUUUGUUUUUGUUUUCACAGUACAUACUUGCCGAGCUGUGCCUAGGGAUACAUAACAAAUUGCCUCAAUUCAUAUAUAUACACAAACUUAUAUAAUAAUGUGUCACUAUCCCAAUAAAUAAAUAAUUAGAGUAAACAUCAAAAUAUAAAAAUUAAAUUUCUAAGAUCGACAUUUAACAGCUGUUUAUAGACAAAAUGACAUUAUGUCCACUUACUCUCUUUUGUGAUAUUUUUUUUUUGUCAACCUCUUUUGUGAUAUAUUUGUACAAACGUAAGAUAUGGACAUAUUUAAAUUUGAGAAAACUUAUUUCAGCAGAUGCAUCAUUACCUGAAAUUAUAAAAAUAUUAGGGGUUGAUUAGGCCAGUUAAUAUUUUUAACCUUUCUUAUAAUAUAGUAUUUCAAUAAGCCUCUUAGAUUUUGGUAAACUUUAAUUUUCUAAUAAUGCAACUAAUUUACAAACAGAAUUUUUUUUUUAAAAAAAAUUAGAAACUUGGUUGAACAAGUUUAUAUGGGUAAAAAUAAAUGGAGCAGACGGGGUCGAUAAUUAGAAGUUUAUAUUAGCUCAAUGUUCAAUUAGAUUUCUUGGAGUAUCUCAUAAGAUCACAUUGCAUUUACUUUCUUGUUUUGAAACUCAAUUUUAUGUUAUUUUAUUUACAAGAUGAUGCAGGUGAAAGUUUAUUUUCCCCUCGCGAAGGCACAACUCUGCAUACGUGAUAAAUAUCAUACAUUUCAAUAAGUUCACAAUUACUUUUUUGUAACAGUUGUUUAUUUUUCUCGCCGGCCAAGACUUCAUCUUUCUUUAUUUGAUGUAUUUACGUUAUUGUACUAUCCUUUGUCUUAUUAUUAUGAACAAAAAUGCAUUGAACAGGCUUCUUCUUAAAAUAAAUUACAUGUUACUAGUUGCAAUUAUCUGUUAAUGAGUUAAAGCAUGAAAAUGCUACUAAUAAUUCUUUUCUUUCUAUAAAAAUGUAGUAUUAAUCGGCUGCAAAGUCGUACAAUAUUAUAGAAAAUGUUGUUAACAGAAAAAAUGCUACUUUCUCCCUUUCUAAAUGAUGUAUGUUUUAGAGUUUUCACACAAAUUACGAAAACAUAUUAUUAAAUAUAUUGUUUUUUUUUUGUGAUUAGCUAUGUUCCAUAUUUUCUAACCAAUUAAAAUUUAUUAAACCCAAUUAAUGUUUUCAAAAACAUUUUUUUCUCUAAAAUAUGAAUUAUAUUUAAGUAUCUAUCUGCAAAUAUUUCAGCCAACAAAAAUAUUAAAACGGAUAAGUUUUGGUAAUAAGUAGACACUAACACAUGUAUCACCUCUUCAGUUUAAUAUAAACUAAAAUCCCUGUGAAUAAUUUAUGUGUAGGUAGUAUCCAUUUUUUUUUGUCAACAGGUAGUAUCCAUUUAUUUCUAGUAAACUAAUAAAAUAAAUACUUUUAGCAAAAAAAAGGUAAUAAAAUCAUUAUUAGGUAACUGAUAAUGGACGGACGAUUUAUUUUUAUAUUUAUUUUUAUUCCGCUAUUCGUAAUCUUUGUAACAUCUGUCAAAAACAAAAAUUUGGUAUAAAAUUUAAUAUUUACACCUAAAAAAAAUCUUCGCUUGUUUUACCUAUAUCAAUUCAGAAGAAAACAAACGAACCAUAUAGGACCACCCCUAUGGAUCUAGUUUCAUUGUUGCUUAAUUGCUUUCCCCGAUGGUUCAUGGAUACAUUUGGCUAGAUGCCUGUCAUGUUCAUUUUUCUUUUCAAAAAAGAGUUAACAUAAAUGAAGAGGAGAAAGAGAACUGAUGAUCAGAGUUAAAAAAAAAUGGAUGAAUUUCAUGAUUACCAACUUUAUAGUAUCAUUAUUAAUCUUUACAUUCACUAAUAGAAUAUUUUUAAAAAUACAUUUUUCAUUAACUAGCAAAAGAUUUUUAUAUCUUUGUUCUCUAUAUAUGUAAUAAAUAAUUAUUUAAAUAAAUAAAAAAUGAAAAAAAAAUAAUUUUUUAGUGUUUCCGAAUUAUACAUUUUCAAAUUCAAACUUUUUUAUAAGUUUUUUUCCGAUUUUUUUCUUUCUAAAUUUCUUUUUGAAAAUCAAAACUUAUGUUUCAAACUAUUUUUAAAAUAUUUUAUAUUUUUUUAUAUUUAUUAGAAUUCUAAAUUUCACAUUCUAAAAACCCUACAUCACCCCUUAACUCUAAACCCUAACUCUAGAUUAGUUAACGUUAAAGAUAUAAAUAUUUUUUUUAUUGUUCAUUAGAAGUGAAGAUAAAAUUGGUUAGUGUAAAUAUGAAAAGUGGUACUAUGAAUAUGAUAUUUAUUGUAAUUUUUUUUUUAAAUAAUGAAAAGAUGAUAAAGUAAUCUCAAUUGUUAUAAUACUGUAGAGAAGUUGACAAGUUGAUGAUAUAUUCAACAAUUGUCCAUUUUAUCAAUUAGAAUUACUCUUUUCGUGUUUUUCUUCUUCUUUUUUUUUGUUGCUUAAGAGCUCGACUUCCUUAUCAGACGUAAUAUUGUCAUACAACACGACAAACCAAUUUUGGGAGUCAAUGUAGCAUAGAUUUUUAGCAACAAAAAAAACAAAAAAAAUUAGCUAAGAUUAUACGCAAUCGAUCGUCAUGCAUGACAUUAUCAAGACGUUAACGAAAUGAACUUAAAAUAAAACAAACAAGCUCCCUAAGUAAAUUUCAUUAUAUCUUGUUAGCUAAAUAAUAUUCAGUUUAUUGUGUUUUCAUUUAAUUAUGUUAAUCUAAGGUACACCUAAAAGAUCUAAGAACCUUAAUUAAAUCUAGAUCACACGAGAAAAUAUAUUUUGGGAAAAUGCUAUUGGGAAUUGUUGUUUGGGUUGUGCUAGUGCGAUAAUAUAAACGUUUUUAUUAUUAGAAAUAAAAUGCUAGAAGUGAUCUAGUUGGUAGAAAAUACAACUACAUGACCUUAUUAUACCCAAAAGUUAGCUAUUUCUGUUUGCAAAAUAUUUAACUGGGAAAACUUUCACCCCCCCCCCACCCCCUCUAGAAUUUUAAGUUUUUAAAAUAUAAUUUACGCCAAUGCUUAAAAUGAUAUACAAUUUAUACAUAGUCCAGGAUGGUUUUAAAAAUCACAAGUUUAAAAGAACCUUCCUUAAAUAUGGUUUUACAAUAAUGUUUUUUAAAUUUUUUUAUAUAAUGCACUUUAAAAUUUUAUUCAUUGUGUUGUAAACCAAUAAAAUUUUCAGCUUUUCAUACAUUUAAACAAAACAACUCAAAUUUAACUAUAAAUAUAGUAUUUAUCUGUGAUUAACAAUUUUAAUAACUUAACUACAAAAUGAUUUUUUUGACACUUUAAAAAUAACUUUUUUUUUUGAUAAGGUACUACCUCUUAUUUUAAUGUCGAUUUCAAUACACUAUUCCCUUUGUAUCAUUUUAAGAAGUGUUUAAAGUUUUUGCACAAAUAUUAAAAAAAUAUAAAUUUUUAUAUAAUUGACUUUGGUUACAUAAAAUAACAUUAAAUAAAACUAAUUCAACCAAGAAAAAAAGAUGCAGUAUUUUAUAAUUGGUCAAAAAUUUCAAAUGAUACUAAAUUUUACAUAGAAUUGUGAGAACAUCAUUUAUUUUGAAACAAAAUCAAAAUCUUUAAACAUUAGUUAAACUGACAUAGAGGGAGUAUAUCGUAAUUUCAUUUAAAAUAUACUAGGAAACAAAAAUUCACUGUAUAAAUAAACUCACUUUGUCUCUCUUACGUGGUCAGAAAUAUCUAAGACUCUUUUUGUUUUUCUUUCAUUUCGACAAGAAAACUAAGAAACAGACAAAAAGACAAUGGACGGAACAGUCAAUGUUCUUUCAAACUUAAGCGACAUAGAACUACACAACUUCUUGGUCGAUCCAAACUUCGAUCAGUUCAUAAAUCUCAUUAGAGGAGAUGAUCAAACCAAUAAAACCCCAUCUCUUGAGUUCGAUCUUGGUGGUCCUUUCCAAAACAGUCCAAGUUUCGUCGACGAGAACCAUUUUAUCCCAUCACAUGUCAAUGACCUUUUCGACGAACUGCCUGACUUGGACUCCAAUGUCGCCGAGUCCUUCCGUAGCCUCGACGCAGAGAGUGUUAAGGCAGGCGGUGACGACGAUUACAACGACUACGACGACUCUUCAGCCACCACGACGCAUACUGAUGGAAGCCGUAAGACGAGGACGGAUCGGUCAAAAACUUUGAUCUCUGAGAGGAAAAGGAGAGGCCGUAUGAAGGAUAAGCUUUACGCAUUGAGAGCUCUUGUUCCUAACAUUACUAAGAUGGACAAAGCAUCUAUAGUUGGAGAUGCGGUGGCGUAUGUUCAAGAACUGCAAUCCCAAGCCAAGAAACUCAAGGCAGACAUCGCUGGCCUUGAAGCUUCUUUAAACUCUACUGGAGGGUACCAAGAACCUGCACCAGAUGCUCACAAAACUCGUCGCGGUCUCAAUCCUCCUGUUUCCAAGAAAAUUAUUCAGAUGGAUGUUAUUCAGGUAGAGGAGAAAGGAUUUUAUGUGAGAUUGGUGUGUAAUAAAGGAGUAGGUGUUGCUCCAUCACUCUACAAGUCUUUGGAGUCUCUUUCAAGUUUCGAAGUGCAAAACUCCAAUCUAAGCUCUCAUUCUCCUGACACAUACCUCUUGACAUAUACAUUGGAUGGGACAUGUUUUGAACAGAGUUUAAACUUGCCUAACCUGAAGCUGUGGAUCACUGGAUCACUUCUAAACCAAGGUUUUGAAUUCGUCAAGGCAUUUACUUGAUUCUAUAAUGCAAUCUGAUUAAUAACCGGUUAUGCAUUUCACUGAUUGUCUUCCUUUAUGUAUGUUUCAUAACUUCCAUGGGUAUAAUUUUUAAUUCUAAAGCUGAUGAGUAGUAUUUUUUCAUUUUGCUUAUAAUCUCAACUCUUUUAAGUUUGUCAUAAGAGAGUGAUGUUAUUGGAAGACCAUUCACAUUCUUGAUUCUACGUCUUGAUUAUAUUCUUCA